UUUGAGAAGUGGAGACCUGUUACUACACAAAACUCCAGUGAGCUCUAAACUUCUCUCACUCACUCACGAUCUCUACCCUUGAUCUUGAUCAUCAUGCCGAUCAGAAACAUCGCCGUUGGCCAUCCCCAUGAGGCCACUCACCCUGACGCCUUAAGAGCUGCCUUAGCAGAGUUCAUCUCAACUCUAAUCUUUGUGUUCGCUGGUGAAGGCUCAGGCAUGGCCUUCAAUAAGCUCACUGACAAUGGUUCCACUACCCCGGCUGGCCUUGUUGCUGCCUCCCUUGCUCACGGUUUCGGUCUUUUCGUUGCCGUUUCCGUCGGAGCCAACAUUUCCGGUGGUCACGUCAACCCUGCCGUCACUUUCGGUGCUUUUGUUGGUGGCAACAUUACUCUCCUACGUGGCAUCCUCUACUGGAUCGCUCAGCUUCUCGGAUCCACCGUCGCCUGUUUGCUUCUUAAAUUCGCCACCAACGGCCAGACCACGUCAGCUUUUGCUCUAUCAUCAGGAGUUGGUGUAUGGAACGCAUUUGUUUUCGAGAUCGUGAUGACUUUUGGUUUGGUGUACACGGUGUACGCCACCGCAAUUGACCCAAAGAAGGGCAGUUUGGGAACAAUUGCCCCAAUUGCAAUUGGUUUCAUUGUGGGCGCCAACAUCUUGGCCGGUGGAGCUUUCGAUGGAGCUUCGAUGAACCCAGCUGUGUCUUUCGGGCCAGCUUUGGUAAGCUGGACCUGGAACAACCACUGGGUCUACUGGGCCGGUCCAUUGGUCGGUGGUGGGCUCGCUGGGCUCGUGUACGAGUUCUUCUUUAUUAACAGCUCACACGAGCAGCUGCCAACCGCUGAGUACUAAGCCAUGUAUGCAAAAAUCAAGGUGGCACGCGCGGCUUUUUCUCUUCCUGGUGUAUUUAAUUUGUUUGAGGGGUUCUAUUUCUAUUUUUAAAAUUUGGUGUUUAAUUUAUGAGCGUUGAUCUGUUUUCCAAUCAUCAUGAUCAUGAUCUUCAUCACCAUCACCGCUGUUGUUUUGCCCUGAAAUGUUUAGCUUUACCGUGUGAUUAUUGAA